AUGGCCUCACCUCAUACGAACGAAGAGGAAGACAUACAAAUAGAUCCAGCAGAACCUCUCAAGGGCAUGGUCGUCUGCUGUACAAGUAUUCCUGCUGAGCAUCGUACCAGCAUCGCUUCCAAAGUUGCCGAGCUUGGUGGUAUUCAUAAAUACGAUCUCACACCCGACGUAACCCAUCUUAUUGUUGGUGACUACGACACACCCAAAUAUCGCCAUGUCGCUCGUGAACGCCCCGAUAUCAAGGCAAUGGAUGCCGCCUGGAUCGAGGAACUUAGCGAGAUAUGGAAGAACGACGAAGAGAUCGACUAUCGGCAGCUCGAGAAUAAGCACCAACUGAAACCCCUAGAGAAGCGAGGCAUCGAUCCUACAGUCCAGCCACAACGAGGAGAGCCAGCAAGAGAUUCACUGCUGAUUUGUCUGACUGGUUUCGGCGACCAGAGGGACGAAAUUGCAAAUAAAAUCACAUCGAAUGGAGGCUUAUAUACAGGCGACUUGACGAGACGGUGCACACACCUAAUCGUCAACAAACCAGAAGGCAAGAAAUAUACUGCAGCCAGAGCAUGGGGCAUUCACCCAGUCACCCUCGCCUGGCUUGAACAAUCUAUCUCUCGAAGGAUGAUCCUGGAAGAAGCCAAAUUUGACCCGACAUUACCUCCCGAGGAGCAAGGGAAGGGCGCAUGGGUUACAAGAGAACUGAAACGUACAAUGAGUAAGCGAUCCAAGUCUGCCAUUGCAGGUGGCGCUGAGGAGGGCCCUAGGAAGCUCAGGAAGACUGCCAGCAUGAAGCUCGGUUCACAGCGUAAUAACAUCUGGGGCGAUAUUCUCGGUCGAUCAACGUCAAGAGAUUAUUCCUUCGCUCAGGAAAACAAGGAAGACGGAAACCAGGCUCAGGUCCAACAGCCACAGCGUGCAGAAGCUCAGCCGGAGCCACCAGCUCCUGUAGUCCCAGAAGAAGAUCAGGGCAUUUUUGGGAACUGUUUCUUUUACAUACAUGGAUUCAACGCACAAAGAACCUCCGUCCUAGAGCAAACGCUCGUCACCCUCGGGGCAACUAUCUGCUCUUCAUUGCAUGAAGCCGCUCUGGGAAGAACUCCAAAGCCACCCCGCAGCCGGUUUCUGAUUGUUCCUCAGACAUCUCAGCCUGACACUCACCCUCAGGAAACUUACGAUAACCUCCAUGUUGUAACAGAAUACUAUAUCGAAAAGUGCCUUCACAACAAGCAAUACUUUGAUCCCGGAGAACAUGUCCUCGGUCGACCCUUCACCUUCUUCCCCAUACCAGCGUUUUCAGAUCUUAUCAUAUGCAGUGCUGCUUUCACAGGAAUCGAGCUCAAUCAAGUUGCUAGAGCCGCUGUUCAGCUAGGAGCUAAGUUUGAUGGAGAGUUUCGUAAAACUACAAGCGUCCUGGUUUGCAAGGACAUCACUUCUAUGCGCAAGGAGAAGUUGCGCGUGGCUCUUAAAUGGAGCAUUCCUGUUGUUUCAGCAGAUUGGUUCUGGGAAUGUAUCCGUACAGGCUUCAAGGUCCCUCUCGACGAUUACAUAUUUCCUGAGAUUAAAGAACGAUACUCGGAUACAUCUCAGCCUGAACUUAAACCAACCUCUAGAACCGCCCCUGAGACACGAUUGCGUGAGAAGUCCAUGCAGCGCACUCGCUCAGAACCGGUGUCCAAGUCAACUAAAAGUCAUAUCACGAAACCUCCACACGGCGCUGGCGUCGAUACCUCGGCAUUUGAUCAUGAUUCACCUGAAAAGGUCUCUCGAAAAAUGACUGCCAAACCUGCCUCGGUCAUCUCACCAGACUUUGUGACAGCACGCACUCACCAAACAACAACCAAUACUCUCCCUAAGGACAAAGACUUUGACUCACCUCUUGCUGAGGUUCCUCAAGCACGUCUAAACAGAUCUCCAUCGCCCACCAAACACACCGCAUUGCCUCGUACUCGCUCUGAUCCCACGAGCAAUGCUAAUACUACAACUUCUCGCACUGAGGAAACAACAGACAAUCUUCCAACUCCACAAGAAAAUAUAAAGCAAGCAAAACAACAGGAAAACGCAGAGCAAGCUCGUCUUCGCGCUAAAGCCGCAGAGCGCCAGGCCCUCUCUUCAAAACUCACCUCACUCAUAGAGACCACAACACCAAAUCUCCCCUCCUUCGCCUCCGAUGAAACCGAACAGCCAGCUCCGAGACCUCGCAAGCGUCAGCUAUUCGGCCGUGCCAUCAGCAAUGCCUCCAAUGCCAGUAGUGUUGCCUCGCGCUCGGCGGCUGAGCUCCACGACGUAUUUGGCGAUGAGGACAAAGAUCCAGAAAACCAAGAAUCCGAGCCCCCAGCAACGCAGUUGGAAUAUCGCGACGAUAAGGCGAAGGAGUGUCGAGCUGCUCUGAUGAGUCGCAUGAUGGGCAGCGGUGGUGUCGAGGUGAAGGCAGCAGCGUCCACAGCAACGCAAAAUAUAGGGCCAGGACCAACGCGAACAUUGAGAAAACGAUAG